AUGGACGACGAGCUCAAGCACUUCUUUACCCGCGCCACCGUCAUCCAGAAGGAUGUCCAGGAGAUCCUAGCCAAGCACGGCAAGGACGUCGAGAUCAUCGUCGCCGAGGAUGACGGCACGAACCGCAUCCGUCUGCUGUACCGCGACGACAAGGUCUACGCCAUGGUCGUUCCCUGGGUCUACUCUCCCAAGAAGGACAUCCCGAAGAUGUGA